CUAAAACUAAUACGUCACAUUUGCAAGUCCUCUAUUGAGAACGCCUCUUAACCUUUCAACCUGCUUCCGGAAGUUUUUCUCCGUUCGAACUCUGCUGGCGGCAAAGGCAACUGAGAUUAACAGGUACUAAUCAACAGCAGUAAAACUGCUUAUAUAUGAAGUUACUUAAGUGGAAACUGAAAUCAUUUGCUAUGGAGAAUCCGUUUUAAACAGGGAAUCUGGUGUUUGUUAUUCCCCAGUAUUUUGUUUUAAAGUUUUAACUGAGUGGUGGCGCUAGUAUAACACUGUAGUAAUAUAAAACACAUUUAGCUAACACAGCUGCAGUUAAAGUAUUUGUUUCACAGUUUAUUUGGAUAACGUAAAUCAUGGAAAGUAUUCUGCAGAAUCUGAAUGGCAUGGCUGAACUGUUGGCAGUAGCGCGGAGCGAAUACGUGUCACACUGGGACCCCGAGACGGUCCAGCGGGCUUUUCAGUGGGCCACUUACUUUGAGCACCUGCACGGCAGGUUCCGCACGAACACCCGUGUCCAUAAAGCCCUGGCCGACAGGCUGCUGUCCAUCAACGAAAGCCUGAGAAACACGUUUGGACUGUACCGUGAGCUCAGUUUCAAAGACGUGGGUCAUUGCCGAGGCGUGUUGCUCGCCUCGCUGUUGUCGAACCCGGCCCUUCCAAAAACCUUGUCCGACACUCUUUUCGCCAGGUUACGUCCUUGUUGCUUUGACACAACGGGGCAGCGUGAUCAGUCUGACCUGAACCACCUAAUCGGAAUCGCCAGGUUGAAAGCUGCAUCAAAAGUCCUGUCACACGCCCUAAAACUAGACGGCAGCACCGCCACUAAACCCUACCUGUUGCUGUUGGAUCCAGAAACUGAAACAAAAGGUGAGAUGGUAUUAAAAAGUUUGGAGACAUGGAUGCGGUGUCCGUCUGCUGGCCCGCGGGACAAGCUUGUUGAUAGCCUUUUCGCACAACUACAGCAAGACAAAAUAAACAACAGCUCAGAUUUUUCUAAGAUCGUGGCUGCUGUUCUCUUGGCGAAACAAACUAGCACGGAGAGCGGUGCGGUCGACCUGGCUUUGAAGUGGUUGCUAAGCAACAGAUGCCAGCUACAAACAUUCUGCCUCGGCGUGCCAUGCGCUUUGCUGUCUGAACUGGCUCACAGGUACCCCGCGUUCAGAUGCGCCUACUUGGAAUUGUUGACCAAAUGGGCGCGGUCUAUGGAGUAUGAUUUUAGUUGCGGGGACUGGAGACAUGGCAGUUCUCCAGAACUGAACUGGAAGGAACUGGUGGACCGUUUUAUGUAUCUUUUGGAGGGACCGACGUUAGUAAAAGAGGCAACUGAGACUGCCUUGUGCGCUUUGAAAGCAGAUGAUGGUGAUUUUGAAGUGUGGGGCAUAAGCGUGUGGACAGACUUGCUUAUUGCACUAAAGAAAAUGUGAUUGCUAUGUAAUGUAUAAUGGCGUGUAUUGUUUCUGUAAAGACUGCAAUGCUAUGGGCAUCAUAGGUUUUUUUUGUCAAUGUAUAUGCUGUGUCAUACAUUCUUCUUUUAAGUUUUAUUUGAUUGUGUUGAUGUGAAAUGUAUUCCAAAUAUAAACCAAAAACAAAUCUAUAUACUUUACUUUUAUUUUUGUGGUAUUGGUGCAAACCUUGUAAAAUGUUGUUUUUAGUGGUUGACUGGCUUUGUAAAGAUGGCAUGUUUUUUGAGCAUUUGAAACAAAAGUAUGAAACUGAAUUUAUUACAGCCUCCUGUUACCCAUCCCAGAAACGAACUGUCUGACUGGCUUGUUGCCUCUCUGUAUUCUUAUGAUCAGGAUCAUUUUUUAUUAUUGCCCAACAUAUCUUUUGAAGAUGUACUUUAUGCGCACUACAGGGAUGGAAAUAAGACUCCUAUUGCAUAGCAGUUUCACCCAUUCCAGAGCUUAAUUAGCAAGUCUACAGGUAACACGCUCCGGUGUGUCUUAUUAAACUCAUAGUAAAACCAGGAAAGGAUCAAACUGCUGUGCAGUGGGAGUCUUAUUUCCAUCCCUGCACUAGUAUGAAACAACUUUCCUGCAAGCUCCAAUUUUUGUCUUGCAAGCUUGCAGCUAAAACGUGUCAUAAAAGCACAAAAAUUCUGAGGGGCUAGUGGUCUGGUCAAGUAAAAUCCCAACAUGAGUCAUACAUCCUGAAAAACAAAAUAGCUUGUUAUGCACUGUAAAAAAAACGAAACUGCCAGUCUUGCAAGCUGACACUGCUGUCUGCUGUUCCUACUGCUUAUACUUAACCAGGCAACUUGAGACACCACAAAAAAAAAUCCUGCAGAAAUGGCCUGGGUCCGUGUGAACGUGGCCGUCCCCUCACAAAUAGAAUUCAUAUGUUCACAGCCGCUUCCCCUAUAGUAAUGUUUGUCUGCCACGUCCUUCACAAGGGAUUUCUGCACAAGAAUGUUCCAACUCCCAGCUGGUAGUCCGGAUGAAAUUGAAUAUUGCAUUUUACACUUGUGACUCAUGAAGAUUUUUAACAGGAAUGUCCUGUUAAUAAGAAGUGCCACUAGGGAGGCAUAUACACAUUUUCCAUAUGCUUUCAUUUUAAUGGCUGGAGUUCUUGAAAUACAAAACCCAGGUGGCCUGUGGAUCUUAUUAAUGGCAUGUUCAAUAUAUUUAUAUCAAUUAAUUUUUUUCUUUUUUGUUCACAUAGUUACUAUAUUGGGGGCUAUACAGCCUAAAUGUUACUUGCUCCCAAAAAUCUAAACUAAAGCACAAAACACCUAACAACAGUAUUCCUUUUGAAAGGAAAUUUGGGAAGGGGGGUACUAUAAAUAUGUUCUUCCGAGGUAGGGUUAGGGAAUUGAUACCAGAAGCUGGUGUGGCUGAAACAGGAAGCAUUGUGUCUGUUCGCUCUCUGAAUGUGUCUGGAUGCCACAGCUGGUUGUGAAUUAGAUCAUUAAAUUCCAUACCUGGCUCAUGAAGGACCCUAAUAGGUCUAUAGGGUGCAGUCAAUGUAUGUCAGAGAGUGAAUGUACCAUGUGAAUAAAAACCUAAUACAAUGUAUGAGGGGACAUUACACCGUACUGAUCACAGGACAAGCACAAGGGGGGGGGUUCUUUUUUUAUGAGUAUUUGUCUGCAAAAACAGCCUUUAGGAAAAAAAAAAACAGAACAAGGCUUCUUUUACUUAAAUACCCAAACACAGCCGUGAACCAAUACUGAGUGUCCUCAUUCGAAGAAUGCCAUUCCAUUAUAAUACUGAUUCAUUAAGGGGAAUUUGCCGUUGCAUUUUAAAAGUAGUGGGUGCAUAAUCAAGCUUUUUUAACUCUAUCUGGUUCCAAGUUUUGUAAUGUCUUAGUGUACAUAUAAAUGCACCCUGAUCUGAGGGUUAAAAUCAUUAAUUUACCCCUAACCCAUCUUACUCCCACCUCCAUGCAAGGCAAGAUAAAUUACUUUUAGAAUGCAACUGAAGACUUGAUUUUAAUGAAAGUAACAUAUUGUAAAUGCAUAAAAGAUCUGGA